AUGAUGAAGGUCGCUUUCGAGCACGGCGUCAACUUGUUCGAUAACGCAGAAGCGUACGGCAACGGCCAGGCAGAACGCAACAUGGGAGCUGCGAUCCAAAUGGGCCUUGCCGACGGUAUCUGGAGUCGAGAGGACCUCGUGGUGACCUCGAAGGUCUACUUUGGCUCAAAAGGAUACUUCGAAGGUGGUCCCAAUGAUCAAGGGGUGAGUCGUAAGCACAUUGUGGAGGGCACGAAGGCCUCACUCAGGCGUCUGGAGCUGGACUAUGUGGACGUCAUCUUUUGCCAUCGCUCGGAGCCGUACACGCCUGUUGAAGAGACCGUCCGAGCUAUGAACUACGUGAUCGAGCAAGGCUGGGCGUUCUACUGGGGAACGAGUCAGUGGUCAGCAGCGGAUUUCAUCGAAGCGUGCGAGAUCGCCGAUCGUCUGGGACUUAUCCGUCCUAUUGUCGAGCAACCGGAGUAUAACCUACUGGAACGUAGCAAGGUGGAGCUCGAAUACGCACCGUUGUACGACAAGUAUGGACUGGGACUCACGACGUGGUCUCCACUGUCGUUCGGGAUCCUCACAGCCAAGUACAGCGCAGGCGCGUCUGGAGCUACACGCAUGGACUUGGCGGGGGCAAAGGCUUCCAUCCCUGAUUUCGACGACCGGGUGGCCAAGGCAGACAGUUUGAAGCCCGUCGCCGAGGAGUUGGGCUGCUCCAUGGCCCAACUCGCCGUCGCUUGGUGCCUGUCGAACGACAAGGUUCUCUGGACGUGGUCGCCAAAAUGA